GUAGUUGGCCACCUUGCUCCAAAGUCCGUUUUUGAGGUUAGGAAUGACUCAUUUCCAUUUCUACUUCUUCUCAACCGUUUUUUUCUCCGUUCUUUGGUAUUGGUUCGGAGUUCAAGCUGUUCAAGGAAGCAGCAGGUUUGCUACUAAGUAAAAAAUCUCGCGGUUUGGUGUGAGUGUCGAAUGGCUCAUGGCUGUCAGGUCCGCAGAGAAUUACAGAUGUUUCUCAAACUGUAAUAUAACCUCUUUGCGAAUCGCGAUAGUGAUCACACAGUGACCACUCAUAUCUUUGCCCCGAGGACAUUAUUCUGAAUGUUCUCUGGCAGGAAAGGGUUUUUCAUCCUCGAGUCGGGCGCGAGUGACACUUUUUUGUUUAUCAGUUAGUGUUUGUGGUUCGAGAGGCACGAGUGCCAAUUUUUUAUUAAUCAUCGAUGUAUAUAUAGUGAUUAAAUAAAUUCCGAAGAAGCGUAAUAACAAUAGCGCAAUAAUAAAUCGUCAGAUCUCGACCAGUUAGUUCCUCAUUGUUGUGGAGUGGACUAGUGCACUUGAUUUUUCUACCUGGUGCAUCGAACAAAAAGAGCAAAAUGGCAAAGACCUAUGACUAUUUAUUCAAAUUGCUCCUCAUCGGGGAUUCGGGCGUGGGCAAGACUUGUGUGUUGUUCCGAUUUUCGGAAGAUGCGUUCAACACGACCUUCAUAUCUACUAUUGGAAUUGACUUCAAGAUCCGCACAAUAGAAUUAGACGGGAAAAAGAUCAAGUUGCAGAUAUGGGACACAGCGGGCCAAGAGAGGUUUCGCACAAUAACCACAGCUUACUAUCGAGGAGCAAUGGGUAUAAUGUUAGUCUACGAUGUGACCAACGAAAAGAGUUUCGAGAACAUAAAAAAUUGGAUUCGAAACAUCGAGGAAAAUGCCUCCGCCGACGUUGAAAAAAUGCUCUUAGGUAACAAGUGCGAGCUCACGGACAGGAGACAAGUUUCGAAAGAAAGGGGGGAACAACUCGCUGUCGAAUAUGGCAUUAAAUUUAUGGAAACUUCGGCUAAAUCGAGCAUCAACGUCGAGGAAGCUUUUUAUACUUUGGCUCGAGACAUUAAGGCUAAAAUGGAAAAGAAAUUGAAGGAGGCAUCGAAUCCACCGAAGGGCGGAGGCCAUCAGCUGAAAGCGAUGGAACCACAGAGGAAACCUUCGAGUUGGCUUGCCCGCUGCUCCUUACUCUGACCCCUCAAAUCUCUUGAAUCCAGCAUCAAGAAGGCCCGUUUGUCUGCGACGAUCACUAUUAUUAUUUUUAUUAUUAAUAUUAUUAGUAUUAUUAUUAUUUCUAUCUACUUAUGUUCUCUUGGUCGGACUAAAUUCACGUUCAACGAGUUGAUGGCCGUGUCCUCUCACUGAGGACUGACUCACUUUUAAAGCCUUGACAAUGGGCAUCUCUCGUCGCACGAACGGUGUUUUUAUCAUAAACAAACAAAAACAAAAAAAAAACAAAAAAUCGCGCACGACAUUCGUCUAGGGGAAAAAUCGUACUGACUUGGACUACUGCUGAUGUGUAGAAUUUUUCCCCCCUAAAGAAAUUUUCAACCGCAGUAUUCCUUGAGCGCGUGAUACGGAAGAUCCAUCGAAUCCGACAUUUUAAACGCGCUCUAAUUUCUCUCCUCAUUUUAUUAAUUUCUACUUUUAUUUUCCCACUUCUCAUAUUCGUACCGGACAGUAAAAUUUCAGAAUUUUCAGGUGGAUAGAGGGGACUGGCGAAUAUAGAGCUCCAUAUGUGAUAUAUAAGUUUUCAAAUAAAACGAGGAAUGAAAUCGUUCCUGAAUUGAUGCCAGGGAAGAUUAAGUUGCUUCUUCUUGUUUUUUUUUUUUUUUUUCUAUCUGCGAUCUUUGAUUGUAGACGAUUUUACGAGCUUCGAGAAUUUGUUUCUCGUCUUGAAUUUAAAACGAAUUAUUUGACACCGAUUUGGUUUUCAAAGAGAAGUUUUGGAAAUUCUCGAGUGUGAGAUCACUAGAGGAGAAUAGUGACAAGGGGGAGAAUUGAGAAAUGAAAUGAGCAAGGUCGACUGUUUAGUUGGGCCGUUUUUUAAAUCGAGGUACGAUUAAGCAAUCUAGCUUUUACACGAAAUUAACAUGGUACCGAUUAAUGAAGUAAUCUUAGCGCGUUAACGAUCUAGCUUAACUUAAAGUUAUAAAAUAAUGCGACGAGCGAACAAAUGACGAAUAGCGAGGUUCGCCGACGCCGGAAAUGGGUGGGGAGGGCAUAGGGAUUUUCUCUGGUUUUGCAACCCAGAAGCGCAUCAAUCGAUUUUUAUGUACAGAGGAUCUAUUAUAAUUUUAGAUUAGUCCUUCGCCUUUGUCGUUGUCACUUUCACGGCUUGCGGGUAAUGUCAACCUUGUCUUUUCAGUGAAAAUAUCUUUUAUUAAUCCCGGACAAGAAAAAAAAAAACUGUCUUGACGAUCCAGAGGAUCGCCGAUCUACAAAUGAUUAUAAUACAUUUUAUAUAUUAAUCUU